AAUUGGAUUCUGGGAAGUGUAAGCUGGGCCCUUUAAGAGGAAAGUUACUUUGAGGUCGUCGAACUUGCUCUUAUUAUACUGGUCCAUUAAAUACGAUUGUAAAACAUUUUAGUGCGAGUGGCUUAUAAACUACAGAUAUUUAAGUGUGUUAUUGCAUUUUAAAGCUUUAUUACGAAUUUGUCCAGGCUGCAAUUUCAUUAGAAACCUAUUUCCGGUUGCGCUGAGGCUGUUUAUUUGGUUCACGCUGUGUGUGGAUUGAGGUCGGAGGCACAUAGCGCUUUCAGUCGGGAAGAGGGAGGUUGUGAGGGCUGCAUUAGGGAACAGUCAUGCUUAAAAUACGAAAUGCGCUUCGAGGAGCAGCCAUUCAAGCGAACAGCAUCAUCUUUUGCAAAGCUGGACGCCAGCACUCCAGGGCCUCAAUCUCAACUGGACCCCAGCAACAACAUGGAACCUUCUAUGAAUUUCGCACCUACAACAUUCACCCGCACCUGAAUGCAGCCUUUCACAAGCUGACCAGCGAAAAGAUCCACUUGCGCACUGCACAUUCUGAGCUUGUGGGUUAUUGGGGUGUGGAGUAUGGAGGCCUCAAUCAGGCCUUCCACAUCUGGAAGUAUGAGAGCUAUGCUCAGCGGGCAGCAGUGCGGGCAGCACUGGCGCAGGAUCCCAACUGGAUGGAGCAGUACAUCUCUAAAGCUAUGCCCAUGCUGAGCUCUCAGGAUAAUGAAGUUACGUAUUUGGUGCCUUGGAGCAAGAUCCAGAAACCACCUAAAGAAGGAGGUGUGUAUGAGCUGGUGUCAUUCCAGAUGAAACCAGGAGGUCCAGCAGUGUGGAGUCAUAGUUUUCAGGCAGCAGUGUGCACCCACACAGCUCCAGGAUAUGCUCACGCAGUGGGUGUUUUCCACUCGGAGUUUGGACUGCUCAAUAGACUGCAUGUUCUCUGGUGGUAUGAGAGCGCAGAUUAUCGUGCAGCAAUAAGACACAAAGCCCAUGGUGAUGCAAGGGUUGUGACUGCAGUGCGUGAGAGUGUAGCCUACCUGGAGUCGCAGAGGAACAAGCUGUUAUUUCCCUGCUCCUACUCACCUCUAAAGUGAACGUUUAUUCUUGCUUGAUACUACUGGUGAUCAGCUUUUGCCAUCCAUCCACUGAUUUAUUGAGCGCUUAAUGUAGAGUUACACAGGUCUCGGCUUAUUUGGACAGGUGUGUGCUGGACUCCUUCAGCGGUUCAUUGGUUUGCUUAUGUUUCUGUCUUAUCAAUAUGUGCUUGACCUUGUAUGAACUGACAGUAAUCAGGCAUCUAUUCUACUGUUUUCUGAGUUUCCUUUCUCUCAUUUUCUUGACUCAUUGCAUUCAAAAUUUCUCAUCGCUUUCAGCAGUGGUCCUGGUAUGUCUGGCCUGAGGGAACCCUUCACACGAUUGAAAUUUGAACAUUUCUACUGUUCAGUUCUGGAAACUUUAUCUAUUCCUGACCGGAAAUAUAUUUCUUAACCAGAAUUUUGGUUCACCUCAAAAGUACAGAUUGAGAAAAUGCAUUUAAAGGUUUGAGUCUAACCUCACAUGAGGCACAUCAGAGAUUUUUGACAGCUGGUAUCAGAUUACAACCUGAAAUGACACUAAACUAUCCCAAAAACGUCAUCAAAUUGUGAUAUUGUUAGGCAGACAUUGAUUGUUUUUACCACUACACUUCUUAAACUUACUCCUUACACAUGAUCUUUGCCAAGGCCAGAUUAAAAAGUAAAUAAAAACAUUUCCAAGUCAUUUUUAGUUUGUACAGUGGUACUAGUCAAACGUUUGGACACAUCUGCUCCUUCACAUGUUUUUUCUUCCGCUUUAUGAGGUCGUCACCUGGAAUGCUUUUCAGUUAGCAGGUAAGCCUCAUCAGAAGUUAAUUAAUGAAAUUUAUUACCUUCUUAAUGCAUUUGAGAUCACAGUAAAUAGCCCUAUUCCACAACUGUAGUAAUCUUUUACAUCAAGAACCGCUCAACUAAGUCAAGGUAAAUGACAUCCAUCAUUACUUUGACAUGAAGUGUUUUUUAAUUAAUAAAAUAAACCACUGAAUUAGGUGUGUCCAAACUUUUGAUUGGUACUGUAUGUUUAUGGUUUCAUUAAGUUGACGUGUCUGUAUUAUCGGCUAAAAUCCCCAGUCAUGUCCUAAACCUGAUCUUUUCAUUUUCCAAAAUUUUCAGUCACAGUGACACCUGAUUUCUUUUUCUUGGACUACCACGCUCACUGGUAGAAGUGUUACUAAUUUGACUUUAUUAAUAGUUCUCAUCACAUUAAGCAGAACUUAAGUGGUCUCUUAAUUUUUUUUUUUCAUAGCUGUGUAUAUGUAUAUUCAAAAUAAUCUAAUUCUUGCAACAUAAUAUGCUGGAUAGACUUUUUUUUUAAAUAUAUAAAGGUUACAUUUAACUGUAAAACUUAAAGGUGGCUGUUAUAGCAUGGUAAUAAGAGCAAACAGGAGUGAUUUGUUUUAAAUACACUUAUUCAGUAUUCACAUUUGCUGACUUAGUAUUUUCUGGUUGUAGGUGCUGAGCUUUUAUGUUCAGCAUUUAUCUUAAUCCGAAGUAAAUUCACAUUUGUAGCUUAUGCAUAUAUGCAGUUUCAGUGUAAUUCUUUAUAUUGAGAAGAUCGAGCAGUUUGAUUCCUCAAGCAUAUACAACCCCAAUUCCAAAAAAUUUUGGGACACUAUGUAAAACAUAAAUAAAAACAAUGUAUAUUUGCAAAUCACGAAAACCUUAUUUCAUUGAAAGUAGUACAAAGACGAAUGUUGAAACUGAGAAAUUUUAUUAUUUUUUGAAAAAUACAAGUAUAUGCUCAUUUUGAAUUUGAGGUCAGCAACACAUUUCAGAAAAGUUGGAACGGGCAUGUUUAUCACUGUGUUGCAUCACAUCUACUUUUAACAACACUAAAUGUUUGGGAACUGAGAACCUAUUGCUGUAGUUUUGAAAGAGAGAUGUUGUCCCAUUCUUGCCUGAUAUAAAUUUCAGUUACUUAACAGUUUGGGGUCUCCUUCAUCGUAUUUUCGCUUCAUAAUGCACCAAAUGUUUUAAAUGGGAGACAGGUCUGGACUGCAGGCAGGCCAGUUUAGCACCUGGACUCUGUUACUACAGAGCCAUGCAGUUUUAAUAUGUGCAGAAAGCAGUUUGGCAUUGUCUUGCUGAAAGAAGGAAGGCCUUCCCUGAAACGCAGCAUCCCAACUUUUUUGGAAUUGGGGUUGCAAAAUUGUUGCGUUUCAUUGUUGUUUGUGAGUGUGCAACUAUAUCAAAUUCUGCUUUUUUUUUUUUUUUUUAAAUGAUUGUGAAUUUGCAAAGAAAAGUGCAAAAGUUGCAUCUCAUGAUUUAUGGGUUAACAAGUAAAAUCUACUUUCUUUUAUAAAAAAAAAUAUUUUUAAAAAAUGGAGUCAUGCAAAAUGUCAAUGACCCAAGACUAAAAUAAUCAGUAACCGUUUGAAAGGAAGUUUUCUAAAACACUGAUUUGAAUAAAGCAAUGCAUCAGUUUGGGCAGACGUAUAACAGAUAGUUUAAGAAGAGCCUACAUUUAAUGCCAUCUUCAUUUCUCUUCAAGGUUUGCAGAGCGAUGCACCACAGUGAUGGAGAUGAUUAAACAUUUACGAAUCUUUCAGCCCGUAAUGAAUACAAAAUUAUGUUGAUUUGUCAUUUUAAUGUGUAUUGUACAGAGUAAUAGAUGUUCCACAGCCAUUUUCAAUAAAUCUGAAAUGUAAACUGUAUUAAAUAAGGAA